GAGGAGGGGGCUACAUUUACAUCAGUGUCCAGGGCUGGGAGCCUGCUCACCAUGGACACUGCUGGGUACAGCAAGUGGGGUGGCGGGCUGGACGAGGUCCCCGCAGGGCCCUAUGGACGCUGGGGACGGCGGUUCCUCUUCCUGGCCCUGGCUCUCGUGGUCACUGCAGUCCUGUGGGCCUUCAUCCUGAGCAUCCUACUUUCCAAGGCCUCCACGCAGCAGGGGGAGUUGCUCCGGCGCCAGGACCUGCUGAGAGCAAACGCCUCGGAGCACACGGUGGUGCUGGGCCACUUGAAGGAAGAGUUCCGAGCCUGCAAUAGCUGCUGCCUGGACACGCAGGCGCAGCUGAAGACCGCGCGCGCAGAGCUUGCGGAGGCGCAGGUGAAGCUGAUCCAGCAGCAGAGCGCCCUGAAAGAACUGAGCGAGCGCGUGACCCAGAGCUUGGCUGAAGCCGGGAGAGACCGCGAGAACAUCCGCAGCGAGCUGUUCCGGGAGUUGGAGGCCGUCCGAGCUGGAAACAGUUCCUGUGAGCAGUGCCCCACGUCGUGGCUGCCCUUCCAGGGUUCCUGCUACUUUUUCUCGGUGGUGCGGGCCAGAUGGGAAGAGGCGCAGCUCAAUUGUGCGGGCGCGGGUGCGCACCUGGUGAUUGUCAGGAACCUGGAGGAGCAGGGCUUCCUGAGUCGGAAUACAAGAGGCCGCGGUUACUGGCUGGGCCUCAGGGCCGUGCGCCACGCGAGCAAGGUCCAGAGCUAUCAGUGGAUAGACGGAGUCUCGCUCAGCUUCAGCCACUGGAACCGGGGUGAGCCCAAUGACUCCUGGGGGCGCGAGGACUGCGUCAUGAUGCAGCGUACCGGGCUAUGGAACGACGCUCCUUGCGACAGUGAGAAGGACAGCUGGAUCUGCGAGAAGAGGCUCAGCUGCUGAGCCCACCCAAUCCCCCUGAGCCAGACCACCUGCCGCCUGAGCCAGGCCACCAGCUGCCCGUGUCGUCCCUCAGCUGCUGGCCCUCCUGGUUCUUCCCACCACCGUCUGGUGUGUGUGUCUUUUCUUCUCCCGCCCACCGCUAUUGAGGAGAAACAGCCCCACUCAGCCGGGUCCAGUGUCUGCGAUCUGGGACCUCCGCUCCAACCUCUUCCCCUCGGACCUAGCGUAACCUCCACCUCUUCCAAAACCCUGGCUCCUGGGCCCUUUGAUCU